AACCAGAAAUACAAAAUCCCAUCAAAUUAGUCAACCAAGUUUCAAUCAACUGUACCAAAAAAAAUCCUCAGCAUAUGCUUUCAUAAUUUCAAUUCUCAAAAAAUCCACACAAUUUCUCAACUUCCCUAUAUAAAUCUAUGCACUAAAAAAUCCCUCCGCCGCAAAAAUGAGGGUUUCCCGACGACUCCACCUCCGCGCCGCCGCCGCCGUGUUCCUCACCUCCCUCCUCCUCUCCGGCUGCCUCCCGCUCUCAUCCCCCAAAAAAACCAAGCACAAAAUCAAUGGCCCGAUCAAAACCUUCGUAGUUAUAGUUAUGGAAAACCGCUCCUUCGACCACAUGCUCGGCUGGUUAAGAAAAACCCGACCCGACAUCGACGGCCUCACUGGAUCCGAAUCCAACCGGGUCAAUGCGUCCGACCCGACCUCCCCCUCCCUAUCCGUCACCGACUCCGCCGUCUUCGUCGAAUCCGACCCCGGCCACUCCAUCCAGGCGAUUCGCGAGCAGAUAUUCGGCCGCAACGACACCUCCGCCAGCCCCGCCCCCAUGGACGGCUUCGUGCAGCAGGCGGAGGCCAUGGGAGUCGCCGGAAUGGCCGCCACCGUCAUGAGCGGAUUCAAGCCGGAGCUCGUCCCGGUCUACACCGAGCUCGCGAACCAAUUCGCGGUAAUGGACCGGUGGUUCGCCUCCGUUCCCGCCUCCACGCAGCCGAAUCGCCUCUACGUCCACUCCGCGACCUCGCACGGCGCCUCCAGCAACGUGCGGAAGGAUCUCAUCCGUGGAUUCCCGCAGAAGACGAUUUUCGACUCCUUCGACGAAAAUGACCUAGAUUUUGGGAUAUAUUAUCAGAAUAUCCCGGCGACUCUGUUUUUCAAAUCCCUAAGGAAAUUGAAGAACAUAGUGAAAUUCCACAGCUACGCGCUGAAAUUCAAGCUGGAUGCGAUGUUAGGGAGGCUGCCGAACUACGUGGUGAUCGAGCAGCGGUAUUUUGAUGUGUCGCUGUUCCCGGCGAAUGACGAUCAUCCAUCGCAUGACGUGGCGGAGGGGCAGAGGUUUGUGAAGGAGGUUUAUGAGACGCUGAGGAAGAGCCCGCAGUGGGAGGAGAUGGCGAUUUUGAUCACCUACGAUGAGCAUGGAGGGUUCUAUGAUCACGUGCCGACACCGGUGGAAGGAGUGCCGAAUCCGGAUGGGAUCAUUGGACCCGACCCGUAUUACUUCGAGUUCAAUAGGCUUGGCGUGCGGGUGCCUACGCUCUUGAUCUCGCCGUGGAUUGAGAAGGGCUCUGUGAUUCAUGAGCCGAGUGGCCCGACCCUGACUUCACAAUAUGAACACUCGUCAAUAGCUGCUACUGUGAAGAGGCUUUUCAAUCUUAAAAACUCCAACUUCUUGACUAAACGGGAUGCGUGGGCUGGGACUUUCGACAAGUACUUUUACAUGCGUGAUACUCCUCGUGGCGACUGCCCAGAGAAACUCCCAGAGGUGAAGAUGGCACUGAGGCCAAGGGGGGCAAGGGAAGACGAGAAGCUGUCAGAGUUCCAAAUCGAGCUGAUUCAGCUUGCGUCACAGCUCAAUGGCGACUACAUGCUCAACUCCUAUCCUGACAUAGGAAAGGAAAUGGACGUGGGAACGGCUAACAGGUACACGGAGGAUGCAGUCAAGAGGUUCUUGGAAGCCGGGAGGGCUGCGCUGAAGGCUGGCGCAAACGAGUCGGCCCUCGUCACCAUGAGGCCGUCCCUAACUAGUAGAACUGAAGAAGCAGAGUCCAGAAGGGGCCAUGAACCCUUCUGAUUGUGCAAGUAUUCAUCCGUUUACGUGUACAGAUAGAUAUAGGAAUAUAUGAAGUGGAAUGGAGAUGUUCAUGUAUCCUUGUUGUCGUGUAUGUUAGUUUAGGAUGUACUCGUAUGAGAAUCUGCUUCUGUUUGUAACACAUAAUAGUCCUUGCUUAUUAUACUUAAAUUAGUAAUAUAGUACGCCUAUUUAUGUAUUCAA